AUGUCAGCAAACUCUCGCCUUGGCGGUCAGGAACCGUCAAAGAACACAAACUAUCAAACCUUCACCAGAUACCCUGUAGCAGAGGCAAAAGCGAACGUCGCUGGUAGACGUCGUGUAGCCCCUCGCGUGUCAAAUAUCAACACUCAGGCUUGCAACAAUGUCCGAGACGAAGAGUUGCAAUACACAUAUCUCUGCGAUAAGAUGCGUGGAAACCCGGAUUUCAACAAGCCCCUUCCUCCUUUACCUGAAAAGAACCCUUCCUCGCGACCAGCCAGUCCCAUGGAUCGAGCUGCCCACUGGAUGAAAAAGAAGGUUGCGACUCCUGUAAAGGAGUUCUUCAAGGCACCCGAGGUGGACGAGAUGAUUGGUCAUACUUCACGGGAAACAGGCAAUCAGUUUUCACCUCGUCCCUACGCAAGUUUUGUAGAGAUGAGAACCCCGACCGAGCCGAAGAGACAUACAAGAGGUAAAUCGAGCGUUGACCGCCGUGAAGCCCCUCCAAGACGAUCCGGAAGUAUCUCAUCGCGUGAGACUUUCCACAGCUCUCCAGCCACCCCAAGAUCUCGUGAUUCUGACAGCUCCAUGACAAGUGGUGUUCGACAUGCGAUUGACACUGCACAGCAGGUUGGUAGCCGGCUUGGACUCAAUCAUGAAGCGGGAAGACUCGUCUUCUCUGACGCAGCACCAGCCGGCAUGAUGGACCCUUGCAGCGUCUGUCACAAAGAGCCCAAAGGAAUCUUGUAUCACGGACGUUGCCGUGCAUGUAGGUAA